AUGCUGUGUACUGGUGAGGCUGCUGCCCUAGAUGCUUGCGACGCUGCUGCUCUAGGUGCUAGUGUGUCUGCGUCCUCAGGUACUGGUGAGUCUGCGCUCUCAGGUACUACGUCGGCUUCGGCCUCCCUCACCUUCACCCUUGACUCUGGGGUGUCUCGCUCCUUCUUUCGGGACUGCACCACACUCACACCGCUGAGUCAGCCGGUUGCAGUGUCUCUGGCUGAUCCCUCUAGGGGUCCUGUCCUGUCUCGCUUCUCCACAGUCCUCCCGUGUCCGGCGGCUCCCUCUGGCACCCUGUCUGGUCUCUACCUUCCCUCGUUCUUUACGAACCUGGUGAGUGGUGCUGACCUACAGGAUGCGGGUCUACACCAGUUCACUCCUGCGCGUCAGCAGGGGCGCCAGCGUGCUGCCCCUCACUCCUCCCAGUUUCCUCCGACAGAGGCUUCGUUGCAGACGCUUCUUAUGGACGUGUGGGGCCCAGCCCGCGUCCGUGGACAGGGUCACGAGCGCUACUUCCAGCUCGUUAUUGACGACUACUCGCGUUACACCGCAGUCUUCCCCUUGUGCAGCAAGGGUGAUGUCACUGAGACCUUCACGCUUCCGGACUCUCCGCAGCAAAAUGGGAUUGCUGAGCGCCGCGUUGGCAUGGUCAUGGACGUCGCUCGUACGUCUAUGAUGCAUGCGGAUGCCCCCCAUUUUCUGUGGCCGUUUGCGGUCAAGUACGCGGCGCAUCAGAUCAACCUUCACCCCAGGGUCUCCAGGCCGGAGACCUCCCCAGCCUUGCUGUGGACGGGGAAGGUUGGCGAUGCGUCGGCGUUCCGGGUCUGGGGAUCUCGGGCGUUUGUCCGCGACUUGUCUGCGGACAAGCUGUCCCCUCGUGCUGCUCCUUGCGUCUUCCUGGGGUUCCCCCCCGACGCGCCUGGGUGGCAAUUCUACCACCCCACCUCUCGCCGUGUUCUGUCCUCCCAGGACGUCACGUUCGACGAGUCGGUCCCCUACUACCACCUCUUCCCCUACCGCACUCCGUCCCUCCCCCCGCCCCCGCUCUUCCUUGUACCAGGUCCCCCCCCGGUAGACCCCCUCCCCCCUCAGGGUCCUGCCCCUUCAGGUGUGUCCCAGGUAGACGCAGUCGAGCCUGACAAGGUCACUGGUGACUCUGGUGCUGCAGAGGGUGCUGAGCCUGGGGGUGCUGAGACUGGAGGUGCUGAGCCUGGGGGAGUUGAGCCUGGGGGUGCUGGGUCUGGGGGUGCUGAGCCUAGGGGUGCUCCGCCUGGAGGUUCUCCGGGUGCUUCGUCUCGCCGGGAGCCGCUCUCUCCAGAGGAGCUGCGCGAGUGGUUUUCCCGACGCUGGAGCCGUGCUGCUGGUGCUGGAGGUUCUUCGGCUACUGAGGGUGCUGCUGUCGCGGGUCCCGAAGGUGCUCGCACUGGGAGUACUGGAGCUGCUGGGACUGCAGGUUCGACGGGAGCUGGUGCUGCUGAGGGUGUUGGCGCUGGGACUACCACUGGCGGUUCUGCAGGGGGUGCUCCUGGUGUUGCUGGAGGUUCUGGAGCUGCUGGAGGUGCUGCUGGAGCGGGUGCUCCUGCUGGGGGUACUGGUGCUGUCCCUGCUGUUUCUGGCCUCGCUACGCGGCCUCGACCGUACUUCGUUCCACUCCUGCAGCAGGUUCUUGGUCUUCCACCUUCUACUGGUCCUCCUCCUCCCUUGGAGGGUCCACAGCCUCGUCGUGAGCCUGCGUCUCGCCCUACGUCGCCUCUCCGUCCUACUGGCACUAGUGGUCGUGGUUCGCGUCCGCGUCCUCCUCCUGUCCCUAGCACAGACAGGAUGUCUCUGCGUCUGUCUACUGCUCCUCUGCGUGCCCCUUUGCCUUUUCCUCCUGAGUCCUCUCUUCCUGCUCUUGCCGACCCGGAGUCGGACUCUCUUCCUGCUGCCAGUCCUACUGUCACGCGUCUCCUUGCUACUGUCGUCACUAACCCUUCUUUCGAGUCUACUGCUGCGUCUGCCCUUGUUGCUGAGCUCGUCAACUUUGCUGCUCGCUGCCGCCUAGACUACGCUGCUAGUCUUGUCGCUGAGUCUGAGUCUGUCUGUCCUGUGUCCGUCGGGGGUGAGUGUGCCCUUGGCACGGACGUCCUUGAGGACAGGCAGGAGGAGUUCCAGUGUUUGGCAGCUGCUUCACCUCAUCUCGUGUCCGUACUGCUUACCCCUGAGGGAGACCCGGAUGCACUUGACAUCCCGACUCCGCGCUCCUACACGGAGGGGAUAGAGGGUCCCUACUCCUCUUAG